UGUGUACCCCACUCCACCUUUGCACCCGCCCACCUGUGCACCCCACCUGUCCCGCCCACCUGUGCCUGGCCGGUCUGUGCGCCCGGAGCCGCCCGGGACGCGGAGCCUUCCAAACCCGCGGUCUGAAGCGCCCGCGCGGAGCCCGAGGAAGUCACUCCGUAGAUACGAGGCUUCCCCUGUGCACAGAUGGAGCUCCUUGCCCGGCUUGAAGGUAGACGGUCCUUGAAAGAAAUAGAGCCCUGUCUGUUUGUCGAUGAAGAUGAACCUGUGCAUGGUGAUAUUCUUGAAUUUCAUGGUCCAGAAGGAACAGGAAAGACAGAAAUGCUCUAUCAUUUAACAGCCCGGUGCAUUCUUCCACAAUCAGCAGGUGGACUGGAAAUAGAGGUCUUAUUUAUUGAUACAGAUUACCACUUCGAUCUGCUUCGGCUUGUCACAAUUCUUGAGCACAGACUCUCCCAGAGCUCUGAAGAAAUGAUAAAAUUCUGCCUGGGCAGGCUGUUUCUGGUGUACUGCUGCAGUAGCAGCCAGUUGCUGCUCACGCUCUACUCACUAGAAGCCAUGUUUUGUAGUCACCCCUCUCUCUGCCUUUUGAUUUUGGACAGCUUGUCUGCUUUCUACUGGAUAGACCGAGCCAAUGGCGGAGAAAGUGUUAACUUACAGGAGUCUACUCUGAAGAAGUGUUCUCAGCUCCUAGAGAAACUUGUCAAUGAGUAUCGCUUGGUUCUUUUUGCAACAACACAGAGUAUAAUGCAGAAAACCUCCACCUCCACCGAAGCUUCUUCCUCUGGCUUUAAGCGCCCGACCGAUGCGAGUGUGGACUACAGACCUUACCUCUGCAAGGCCUGGCAGCAGCUGGUCAAGCAGAGGCUGUUUUUCUCCAAAGAUGACUCUAAAGCCAGUCACCACUUUUCUUUAGUUUCACGUAAUUUAAAAAGCAACACUUUAAAAAAAUACAUUUUUAUUAUUAGAGAAAGUGGGGUAGAAUUUUGUUGAUAUAUAUCAAAAUACUCUUGCAGGAUAUUAUGCAAGUUUUUAAAAGUCUUGAGAAAAAAUAAAAUAAAGAGGAAAAAAGUCUUAAAUAGGCUAAAGUGAUUCAAUUCUGAAAUUUUAAACGAAGGGAAUUAGUAUAAUAGUAUUUUUACACAGAAUGGAUUUUUUUUAAACUAAUACAGUAAACCUCAGAAUUCGUUGAAGUUUACUCAAAGUGAUAUUAACAAAUUAUAUACUAAGUUUAUUUUAUUAAUUUUUUAAUUUUUACCCAAGGAUUGAGGAUAUUUUUUUUAAUGUAUUUUAUUGAUUUUU